GCCAGCGCUGCCCUUAACAAAGAUGGCCACCCACUUCCUUCCCCUGCAUCCCUAGCCCGGCCGGCCCUGGCAGCUGCUGGAGUCUCAGCGGCGAGUCCCCGCUGGGCAAUGCAGAGCGAAAAGGGGCUCUGAGCCGUCCUGCCGCCGCAUGGCCGAGCCUGCCGGCUCUCCGAGCCGCCCCGCCGCGGGCCGGUGCGAGGUGAGCGGCGCGGGAGCGGCGAGAGCCCGCUGGCGGCUGCUCGGGCAGGUUCUGAAGAAAAAGCACUUGAAAGAUGUCCAUCUUCAACAAGUGUCUGUAAGAAGGUUUGCAUCGUUCAAUCUCUUUAUAAUAGAAGAUCAGAAUACAGAAGAGGAAACGGGGACCUGGGUUCAGUAUAAAAGCAUCUUUUAUCCUGAGUACAGUGUGUCCUUAAGAUUUCACAAGGGACUCUUAAAUGUUAAAGAAGUUCUUACGAGUUUUGACAACACAGGGAAUGUCUGUCUCUGGCCGUCUGAGGAAGUGCUGGCUUACUACUGCCUAAAGCAUAAUGAAACAUUCAGGGACCUUGCUGUGUGUGAGCUAGGGGGUGGCAUGACAUGCUUGGCUGGGCUCAUGGUUGCUAUUUCUGCAGAUGUCAAAGAAGUUCUGUUAACUGAUGGAAAUGAAAAGGCCAUCAAAAAUGUAAAUGAGAUCAUCACAAGAAACCAAAAUGCAGGAGUGUUUAAGGCUCAGAAAGUAUCAAGCUGCAUUUUACGAUGGGAUAAUGAGACAGAUGUCUCUCAACUGGAAGGACAUUUUGACAUUGUUAUGUGUGCUGACUGUCUCUUUCUGGACCAGUACAGAGCUAGCCUUGUUGAUGCAAUAAAGAGAUUACUCCAGCCCAGUGGAAAAGCAAUGGUAUUUGCUCCACUCCGAGGGAAUACUUUAAACCAGUUUUGCAAUCUAGCUGAAAAAGCUGGUUUCUCUAUCCAAAGACAUGAAAAUUAUGAUGAACACAUUUCGAACUUCCACUCCAAGUUGAAAAAUGAAGAAAAAGAUACGUAUGACGAAAACCUCCAUUACCCUUUUCUUCUUGUUUUAACCAAACACACAUAGAAGAUGACGUGUUUGUUUGUUUGUUUUAAGGUGGACUACAGAAAUUUAAUCCAUGUGUAUGGAUGGCUGGGAGUAAGGAGGGUUCAGUUCCCCCCCCCCCCUUUUUGUUCCUGAGCCAUCAUCAGAGAAAUAUUUCUAAUUGGGGCUUGUUUCACAGUGCGUAAACAUUGAGACAUCCUU